AUGGACAUAAACCUAGGCGACAUAUUCACAACAACAGGAAGAAGGCAGGCACAAAAAGAGGAUAGAUAUACCAAAACUACAAUAGGAAUACAUACGAGCGUGUUGGCAAGUAUAAGGCUGAUGACAUCCUCGAGAAGCGCCCGCAUAGAAAACAGAGUCAUCGACACGUCCCCGCACAGAAUACUCGAUGCUCCAGGAAUGGUGGAUGACUACUAUCUCAAUCUGCUGGACUGGAGCGCCACUAACUUCGUGGUCAUAGGCCUGGGAGAGUCGGUGUAUGGAUACAACGUGGACGACAAAAGCGUAACCGAAAUUCAUGCAGGAGAGAACUACAUAUCAUCAGUAAAGAGUAGUGGAAACAUUCUCUGUGUUGGCACCUCCGAUGGAACGAUACGUCUCAUAGACAUUUCGGUGAACAAGGAAGUACAUAAAGCAAGGAACCACAACGCUAGGGUUUCAUCGCUGAGCUGGAACGGGAACGUAAUAAGCAGUGGAGACAAGGCAGGAAGGUUGUGCAACUUCGACAUAAGGUCUGGGCGGAUCUCCGUGGUUGGGGGACACUCGCAGGAGAUAUGCGGACUAGCAUGGAGUGCAGACAUGAAGUACUUGGCCAGUGGGGGGAACGACAAUGUAAUAAGAAUAUGGCAGCUCGGAAAUAACAACUCGCAAACGCUCUCAGGGCACAAAUCUGCUGUUAAGGCGCUUGCAUGGUGCCCAUGGAGGUCAGGAAUACUAACUUCCGGAGGAGGGGCAAAGGACAUGACCAUAAAGUUCUGGGAUGUUGUGGAGAAUAAGAUGGAGAGGAGCAUUGACACACAAUCCCAGGUGUGCACUCUUACAUACCUUCCGAAGUACAAAGAAGUCAUCUCCUCGCAUGGGUACAGCGAGAAUGACAUUCGAAUAUGGAAGGCCUCGACAAUGAACCUAAUCUCCUCCUUUGGGAAGCACAACUCGAGGGUUCUUCAUGUAGCCCUAAGUCCCGAUGGGUCCGAGCUGGCCUCUGUAUCUGCAGACGAAAACCUGAAGUUCUGGAAGAUAUUCAGCACAGAAAAAGCCUCUGUAAGGAGAGACAGUCUCUCGUUCAGAUGA